CCUCAUCCCACAACCACCAGGAGGCACUACGUGGGCGCAAGACUGGAGUGAACCUUCCAGAACUAACGAUAAUACGAAGUGGGGGAAAGUUAUGAAUAUGUAGUAGGCGCUUAUAACUAUGCAUGUCUUUACACUAUAAGUAGCUGCACGUUAAGUCAUGCGGUGUGCAAAGAAGGAGGAGAACCCUCUUGCACCACAGCGCUGGAAGUAAAUAUUCCUGUUUUAUCACUCAUUUUUGGGAUACAGGGUUUGAUUCCGCCGAACAAUUUGUCGACCCAGAUGGGACACGUUCUCUGCCCGGCUGCUGGAUCGGUUGGGAGUGGGACAUCCUAAGGCACUCCCCGGACUGCUUCUCCAGAGAAUCUCCCAUCCCUACCCGAUGGCUGCUGGGGGAGAGACGGCCCAUCAGCUGGUGGACCAGAUGGCGGGGCCGUUCGAGGAGGUGGCCGUCUACUUCUCCCGCCAGGAGUGGGCAGAGCUGGCGGGCUGGCAGCGGCGGCUCUACCGGGAGGUGAUGCUGGACACCUACGGAAUGCUCGCCUCGCUGGGUUGCGCUGCCAUCAAGCCUGAGAUCAUCUGCAGGCUGGAGCGAGGAGAGACGCCGUACUUGCCAGACCCUCCCGGGGCACAGAAGAGGCACCGCAGCCCUGUGCCGGGCGGGUCCCAGGCAUCCAUUGUGGCUGUGUGGAGUUCCUCCAGCAGGGGUUUGGGGGAAUCAUCCCGAGAUGAACCAAGCAGGAGCUCAGAAGGCCCAGAAGAGCACCCUCACCCUCCUCUUGGCCUGGCCCCCCAGCCGCUGGAGAAGACCCCCCUCACGUGCCCUGAGAGCAAUAAGAGCUUCAGGAGUCGGAGUGCACUGACCGCCCACAAGAAGAUCCACACGGGUGAGCGCCCCUUCACCUGCACCGACUGCAGUAAGAGCUUCAGCUGGAAGAUCGACCUCAUCAGACACCAGCGCAUCCACACGGGUGAGCGCCCAUUUCACUGUGCUGACUGUGGAAAGAGCUUCCGACUGAAGCAACUCCUGAUCAUCCACCAGCACACCCACACUGGUGAGCGCCCCUUCAUCUGCAUGGAGUGUGGCAAGAGCUUCAGCUGGAAGCAACACCUGACCAAACACCAGCGCAUCCACACAAAUGAGCGUCCCUUCUCCUGUACCAGCUGUGGCAAGAGCUUCAAAGACAAGAGCAACCGGACCAAACACCAGCGCAUCCACACUGGCGAGCGCCCCUUCAUCUGCAUGGAGUGUGGCAAGAGCUUCACCCAGAAGAACAACCUCAUCAGACACCACCGCAUCCACACAGGUGAGCGCCCGUUCACCUGCACCGAGUGCAACAAGAGCUUCAGAGAGAAUAGCGCUCUCAUAGCCCACCAACGCAUCCACAGUGGUGAGAAGCCGCACAACUGUGAGGUGUGCAACAAGACUUUCAGGCAGAAAUUUGACCUGAAGAGACACCAGCGGGUCACACUUCUGGCUGUAGGUCUUGUCACACUCGUCACACUUGUAGGGUUUCUCGCCGGUGUGGCUGUGCUGGUGCUGGAUCAGGUGUUCCUUCUGGCUGAAGCUCUUGCCACAGUUGGAACAGGCAAAGAGGCGCUCACCCAUGUGGAUGCACUGAUGGGUGAUCAGGGGUCCCUUCUGGCUGAAGGUGUUGCCACAGCAGACACAGGUGAAGGGCUUCUCAUCACUGUGGAUGAGCUGGUGCUUGAUCAGGCCCCCCAGCUGCUGAAGAAGAUGCCCCUAAGGUGUCCCAAGUGCAAGAAGAGCUUCAGGAGCCAGAGUUUGCUGGCCAUCCAGGAGCAGAGCCAUGCGGGCGAGUGCCCCUUCACCUGCACCGACUGUGAUAAGAGCUUCAGCCACAGGGUCUCCCUGACCAAACAUCAGUGCAUCCACAGGGGCGAGAAGCCCUUCACCCGCCAGACACGCGGGAAGAGCUUCAGCCAGAAAUGCUACCUCAUCUUGGAACAUGGAGGGGGUCUUCUCCAGCAACCAGGGGGCUGGGCCAGAGUGGAGGUGAGGGCUGAAGUGGUGGUUGCAGUGGCUGCAGGCAAAGAGAGGCUCAUCGGUGUGUACACACCGGUGAUUCUCGGAGCAGGUGAAGGGUCGCUCGCCCGUGUGGAUGCGCUGGUGAGUGAUCAAAUGCUCCUUCCGGCUGAAGCGGAGGUCACAAUUGGGACACGUAAAGGGACGCUCGCCAGUGUGGAUGCGCUGGUGGCUGACAAGGUCACUCUUGCGGCUGAAGCUCUUGCCGCAGUCGGAGCAGGUGAAGGGUCACUCGCCAGUGUGGAUGCGCUGGUGGAUGACAAGAUCACUCUUGCGUCUGAAGCUCUUGCCGCAGUCGGAGCAGGUGAAGGGUCGCUCGCCCGUGUGGAUGCGCUGGUGAGUGACCAGAUGCUCCUUACGGCUGAAGCGGUGGUCACAAUUGGGACAAGUGAAGGGACGCUCGCCAGUGUGGAUGCGCUGGUGGAUAACCAAUUGUUGCUUUUGGCUGAAGCAGUGGUUGCAGUGGCUGCAGGCAAAGGGACGCUCGCCAGUGUGGAUGCGCUGGUGAGUGAGCAGGUGUUGCUUUCGGCUGAAUUGAUAACCACAGACAACACAGGCAAAGGGGCGCUCGCCGGUGUGGAUGCGCUGGUGUUUGACCAGGUGUUGUUUCUGGAUGAAGUUCUUGCCGCAUUCAGGGCAGCUCUGCCCACUCCUGGCGGGAGAAGUAGACGGCCACCUCCUCGAACGGCCCCGCCAUCUGCAGCCCGAAGCACGGCCGGAGCCCCCGCCUCGCCCCCCGACACCCCCUCUGCCCGCAGCUCCGCCGCCGACAAGGACGGAGACGACGAAAGGGUUCUGGGGCGGAAUUGGUGUCUCUCGAGCAGCCCAGGCUCCAGGCGGGCACAGCCCAGAGCGGCUCUCGCUGCAGCAGCGCCUGGGGGGAAAUUGCGAGGCCCCGAGCGGCCCCGCUCCGGUCGAGCCUCAGAGCGCAAUCAGCAUCUGCUUUGGAAGGGAAGUGGUUUUUUCCGGCCUGGCCGCCCCCCACCCCCACGCAACCCCCCCGGCUCCGAGCCCAGUGCUGGCGCCAGCGAGUCGGAAGGAGCGCGGGGUCCCAGAGCAUCCCAGUGCCGGAGGGCUCUGCAUCCCAGUGCCCCGGGCCCGGGGAAGAGCAGCCCCGCAGGCAGGCUGGCCCUGCAGCCCCCGGCCCCUCUGCGGGCAGCCCGGCUGCGAGAAGGGCACUGCCAGGCCUGGCGGGGGAGCGGCGACCCCGGGGCUGCCGGGUCCGGCCUGGCGGCGUCAGGGUUGGGGCAGAGGGGGCCGGGCAAGGCGCGGCGGGGCGAGCUGAGCCGGGCGUGCUUCGGGCUGCGGAUGGCGGGGCCGUUCGAGGAGGUGGCCGUCUACUUCUCCCGCCAGGAGUGGGCAGAGCUGGCGGGCUGGCAGCGGCGGCUCUACCGGGAGGUGAUGCUGGACACCUACGGAAUGCUCGCCUCGCUGGGUUGGGCCGCCGUUAAGCCCGAGCUCAUCUGCAGGUUGGAGCGAGGAGAGACGCCGUGCGUGCCAGACCCCCCCGGGGCGUGGCAGAGACACCACAGCCCUGUGCCGGGCGGGUCCCGGGGUUCCACUGGGGGCGUGGAGGGUUCCUCCAGCAGGAGUUUGGGGGAAUCAUCCCGAGGCAAACCAAGCGGGAGCUGCGGAGACCCAGAAGGGCACCCUCACUCUCCUCUUGGCCUGGCCCCCCAGCCGCUGGAGAAGACCCCCCUCAUGUGCCCUGAGUGCAACAAGAGCUUCAGGAGUCGAAGUGCACUGACCGCCCACAAGAAGAUCCACACGGGUGAGCGCCCCUUCACCUGCACCGACUGCAGUAAGAGCUUCAUGUGGAAGAGCAGCCUGACCAGACACGAACGCAUCCACACGGGUGAGCGCCCCUUUCACUGUGCUGACUGUGGAAAGAGCUUCACCUGGAAGCAUCACCUGAUUCCCCACCAGCGCAUCCACUCUGGUGAGCGCCCCUUCACCUGCACGGAGUGUGGCAAGAGCUUCAGCCAGAAGCAAGACCUGGUCAAGCAUCAGCGCAUCCACACUGGUGAACGUCCCUUCUGCUGCACUGAGUGCAGCAAGAGCUUCAGGCAGAAGACCUCUCUGAGCAGACACCAGCGCACCCACACAAGCAAGUAGCCCUUCACCGGUGCCAAGUGCAGUGAGAGCUUCAGACGGAAGGACUCUCUGACUGACCACCAGCGCAUCCACACCUGCCAGCGCCCCUUUGCCUGUGGCCACUGUGACCUCCGCUUCAGAUGGAAGAAAUCCCUGCUCAUCCCUCAGCGCAUCCAUACUAUCAAGAAGCCCUAGAAGUGUGGCAGGCGUGACAAGACCUACAGGCAGAAGCAGAACCUGAAGAGACAACAUUGCGUUCAGUGGGUGCAUUGGGCGGUCCUGUAGGGCAGUGACAGGAUGGGGUGUGCUCAGGUGAGGGGGUGGAUGGAGGCCAAGUCCUUGGAGGGGACCAUGCUGGCUCACCAGCAGCCCCAGUCUGCGGCCGCCUCCACAAUCCAGUGCCCCCAAAACCACCGCUGAGGGUCCCGCGGGGCACUGGGCACUGCUGCAGGGGUGCUGGGCCCUGUGGGUGGCAAACACUAAACUCCUGGUGAGUUUGCGAAGCAGAGCUUGUUUCUGCAAAAGGGAGCGGUUGGCAAGAGGGAGCAAGUGGCACCGGACAAUGCGUCCGGUCAAACAGAUCAAAGGACCUUGCAAAGGGUCACUGGUGCGUUUUUCUGUGUUUGCUUUGUUUGUGGCAUUGGUAUUAAAGAAAAUCGUCCUUGACUACUG